AUGAAAACACAAUCCCUAUUCUACGUGGAAGGUUUAAACAACGAUGUUUCUUGCGCUGUUAAUGCAGAGACACGUGCAUUAGGUCAAAUAUCAAAUUGUUUAGAAUACUACAUUACAAAAUUAUUUCCUGAUCACAAAACAACUUGGGUUCGCUUUGAAGGUAAAUUAGAUAUUGACCAAUUGGAUUUUGAAGAAGAAGAAGAAGAACAAGAGGAGAAAAAAGAGGAGGAUAUGACGAAAGAAAAAGAACGAAAAGAGAAAAAAUUCCAAGCUAUUGAUGCUGCUUGUGGUGGACUUGUAUUUUAUAGAUUUAGAGUUAAUGUUAAGCCAACAGAAUUCAUAAUCAAAUUAAUGGAUUAUAUUAAACAAUUACCAGAUAAAGAAAGAGAACAAGAAUUAGCAAAAGUUCGUCAUUGUUCUAGAUGGAUUCCUUUUGAUUACAUAUGCCCUGCUACAACAGAGCGUAUCAAGUCUUGUUUUGAAAGAGUAAAAGAAGAUCAUUUUAUGAAUACGUGUACAACCUCAAUAACAGUAGCUAUUAUAACAGAUAUUCGAAAUAAUAUUUUGAUAACAAAAGAUGAAAUUAUUCAAACCAUUGCACCACUCAUACCACCAAAUUAUAAAGUCAAUCUUAGUAAACCUACUUUAGUUAUUUAUGUUUCUGUAUUUAAGAGUGUAUGUGGUAUAACGGUGCUGAAAGAAUAUUUUGAAAGGAAGAAGUAUAAUCUUAUAUCGUAUUGCUGUCAACAAAAGAAAUAA